CGUUUUAGUUAAUAAAUAUAAUAGUGAAAAUAUGUCUUGGGACGACGAAGAUUUUGAUGUUCCCACCACCUCAUCAAAUACCAAGGCCACUCUUGGUUCAUGGGAAGAUGAAGAAGAAGAUGCAGCUGUAUUAGAAUCAUGGGAUAUUGAUGAAGAAGAAGAAGAAAGAAAGAAGAAAGAAGCUGAAGCUCAAAAGGCUAAAGAAAGAGCUGAAUUAAAGAGAAAACAAGAUGAAGCUAAAGCUAAAAAGGCUGCUUCUAAAUCAGGUGAACAAGUUUUGUUAGAAAUUGAUACCCUUGAUGAACAUACCAGAAGAGAAGUUUUAAAGGAAGCCGAAAAGCAUUCAGACUUAAAAAAUACUCAAGAUUUAUUCGGAGAAUUAUCUGUAGAUGAUGGACUCGAUUUCAAUAAGUUGAAUGAACACCCAAGAGAAGCAAUCACCAAGGCUGCUAUCGCUGCUGCCCAAGCCAAAAGACCCGUCAUUACUAAAGAUACUCCAUUAGAAGUUCACCCAUUAUUUCAACCUGCAACUAAAGCUGAAUUUGAAAAAUUAAGAAAAACUUUAGGAACUACAUUGACCAAAUUAGCUGACGAUUCUUUAUUGAAUUAUAGUUCAUCUUUAGCUAUUGAUUUAAUUAGAGAUUUGGCUCAACCUUUAUCUCUUGAAAAUGUUAGAAAACUUGUAUCUACUUUAAAUGUUUUAGUUAAAGAUAAGGAAAGAGAAGAAAGACAAGCAAGAUUAAAGAAAACUGGUGGAACUGCUUCUGGUGGUGCUGGUAAGAAAAAGGCUAAGCCUGCUGCCAGACCAAAUGUUGGAGGAUUCAAAAAGGAUGGAAUUGAAGAUGACUUUGAUGACUUUGGUGAUGAUGAUUUCAUGUAAUUAAAGAUAGCAUUAUUCCCUUUCUUACUUCAUAAAUAGAUCUUUUUCUUAUCUAAUUUAUUUCACUUUCACAUUUGGUUGUUUCAGGUUGACUUUCUGUUACAUUACGGUAUUAAUAUCAGUUGGCUUUUUUUUAAUUUUUUAUUGAUUAUAAUAUUUAUAACUUUAAUGCAUAGAUUAUAAUUUAUAGAAUCUUUCGAAGGAUUACUUUGUAUUUUAAUGGAC